AUGGCUUGCAGAUGCAUAUUAUCCGUUAUUCCAACCAUGCAAACACAAAAAAUUCAUACUCUUAGUAUUAAAAAUCAAAUUCAGCCUCAAACCAGAAUUUCUUCAUAUAAACCAAACAUUUGGAAAUUCGAUGAUCUACUUUCUCUUACAACUCAAUAUUCUAAAAGGAAGUACCAAAUUGAAGCUGAGAAGCUAAAAGAGGAAGUAAUAAGUUGCACGUUUUCAAAGAGUGAUACUCCAGUGGCCCUGCUUGAACUUGUUGAUGAAAUUGACAAAUUUGGCCUCACUGAUUACUUCGACGUUGAAACAAAAGCAGCUUUGGAAAAAACAAUUAUGCACAUGAAAAGUAGUAACACAAAGGACAAUAAGGACUUAUAUGCUACUGCAUUAUGCUUCAGACUCCUAAGGCAACAUGGCUACUAUGCUUCACAAGAUAUGUUAAAGGAGUUGUUUGAUAGCAAGAAAAUGUCAGAUACAAAAACAUUAUUGGAGCUAUUGGAAGGGUCAUAUUUGGGCAUGGAUGGUGAAAAUUUACUAAAUGACAUAAGAUUAUUCACAACUAAUAACCUUAUGAAUACUAGUUUUAAUAAGGAAAAUUUGAGCAAUUAUUUCCCAUUAGCAUGGAGAGUGAGAUGGUAUGAUGUUAGAAGACACAUAACAAUGUUUACUCAACAAGGCAACAACAACAACAACACAAAUCAAGUAUUACUCAAUUUGGCUAAACUUAACUUCAAUAUAAUUCAAGCCACACACCUAAAAGAUCUCAAAGAUGUUAUAAGAUGGUGGAGGGAUCUUGACAUAGUUGAAGAUUUGUUUUUUACAAGGGACAGGAUGGUAGAAUGCUUUUAUUUUGCUGGAGGAAUUGGGUCUAAGCCUCAACAUGGAAGCAUUAGAAAAUGGGUUACUAAAGUGUUUCAAUUGGUAUUAAUAAUAGAUGAUGUUUUUGAUAUUUAUGGUUCAUUAGCUGAUGCACAACAAUUUACUCAUGCCAUAAACAAGUGGGAUCCAAAUGAAGUAAAAUGUCUGCCAGAGUGUAUACAAAUUUGUUUUAGAGCAUUGUAUGAUACAGUAGAAGAGAUAUCUGCUGAGAUUGAUGACCAACAAAAAGGAUGUCGCCCUUCAGCAUUUCCUUGUCUCAAACAAGGCUGGCUCAACUUUUGUAAAGCCAUGUUGGUGGAAGCAAAGUGGUAUAAUGAAGGCCAUAUACCAACACUUGAAGAGUAUCUUAACAAUGGGUGGAUUUCAUCCACUGUUCCAUUACUUUCUGAUUAUGUGAUUUAUGGUCUCACAAAUAAUAAAAUAACAAAUGAAUCGCUUGAUUCAAGCAAAAAUUUCCAAGAAAUUAUUUACCAUACUUCAGUUAUAUUUCGACUUUGCAAUGACCAAGGUACCUCAACGGCGGAGCUAGAGAGAGGUGAUGUUGCUUCAUCAAUUAUAUGUUACAUGCAACAAGAAAAUGUCUCGGAGGAUGUAGCUCGAGAGCAUAUCGAAAGCAUAAUUUUGGAUUCGUGGAAGAAGAUCAAUUAUCAUUUUAAUACACUUUCAAUGUCACAUCGCGAAAUUGCUAAGCAUGUAAUAAAUAUAGCGCUAAUGGGACAUGUUAUGUAUCAAUUUGGAGAUGGAUUUGGGGUUCAAGAUGGCAAGACUCGAGACCAAAUCCUAAUCAACUUGAUGGAGCCUAUUACAUAA